UGUGGAGAAGCUAGACAGCAUUGGGCAGUAAUGCAAGUUUGCUGGGCAGUGGCGGUCAGCUGCUGCACACCUUCACUGAACGUUCCGCGGUAUCUUGUGCGGUGAAGGUGUUUGCACGAGGUCUGAGCGUGAUUUGCUGGCGGCUACUAGAUGCUUGUGCGCGUGUUCGUUUAGUCAUUCUACUGCAUUUGAUCAUUAUGGGUCAUCCAGUUGUCGUAAUAUUUGCUGUUGCUGCGUGCUGCCUCAUCUGCAGCGACGGUUAUUACGUGCGACAUCUGUCGGACAAGGGAACAGAAAGCGAUAAUGGCUACGUGCGUUUGAGUGAUGAAGACCUAACAUGGCGAUACGUCGGUGUUGGCCCCAAAGGAACCAAAGGCCAAUUGGAGGUGGGAGAGAAAGGCGGCACGAAAGGUGAGCUGGAGAAAGGCAUGAAGGAAGACGAAAAGGGGCAGAAAGGGAGUCUGGAAAAGGGCACGAAGGGCGAACUGGAGAAAGGACAGAAAGGCGACGCAGAGAAAGGCGAGAAGGGACAGAAGAGUAGUUUGGAAAAGGGCACGAAAGGCGAUCCAGAGAAGGGACAGAAGGGUAGCUUGGAAAAGGGCACGAGAGGCGAUUCAGAGAAGGGACAGAAAGGCACGAAUGGCGUUUGGGAGAAAGGACAGAAAGACGGAAUGAAAGGAGGCGAGAAGGGGCCGAAAGGCAGCCUGGAAAAGGGCACGAAAGGCGACCUAGAGAAAGAACAGAAAGGCACGAAGGGCGUUUGGGAGAGAGGACAGAAAGGCGCGAACGGACAGAAAAGUGGAAUGAAAGGAGGCGAAAAAGGGCUGAAAGGCAGCAUGGAAAAGAGAACGAAAGGCGGGAUGAAAGGAGGCGAGAAAGGGCCGAAAGGAAGCAUGGAGAAGGGCACGAAAGGCGAUUUCGAAAAGGCACAGAAAGGUUGGCCCAAGAAAGGAGCGGACAUUUGGUUCCAAAGUGGAUGGCAACAAAGUGGAUGGCAACGAGAUGAUGAAGAUGAUCUAUGAGCUGUGGCUUCCUACAGGACUUGAGUGUUUCUGUUCUAGUCUUACGCUGCUGAACGUAGCCGGAAAUGUCUAGUCUGUGUAGUUGUGUUGGCGAAUACAGUGUAUGUCAAUGCAUUGCA